AUGUCUUCCAAAGAAGCAUGGCUAGGCGACUACGACUACUGGUAUCUCGCCACGCCCAACAUCUAUCCGUUCAACCGCAAAUACAAGGACACCGCAAUCCCAUUCUAUGGCCUGCAUGAUCGAGUCCCCAUCCUUCUGACGCUUCUUUUGGGAUUCCAGCAUGCCCUAACCGUGGUCGGUUCCAUUGUCUCUCCACCGCUGGCCAUUGCUGCUGGCGCGUUCAAUCUCGAGGCUGGCCAGGUUGCAUACCUCGUUUCGGCGUGCUUCAUCACCACCGGCAUAGCGACGGCCCUGCAGGUCACGCGGCUGCACAUCAAAGGCACCCCGUUUUACGUCGGUACCGGGCUCCUCAGCGUCGUGGGGCCUACGUUUGAUGUUAUACCAAUCGCCUUUACCUACACAAACAUGCGAUACCAAAGAGGCACCUGCCCGGUCGCCGAGGACGGAACACGCCUGCCUUGUCCAGAGGCGUGGGGAGCACUGCUCGGGUCCAUACUCUGCACUGUUUGGGUGCAGAUAGCCAUGUCUCUGGUUCCGCCCAAAAUUCUACAACGCGCGUUCCCGAAGGUCGUGACGGGGUCUCUGCUGCUGCUGCUGGGCGUUUACCUGGUUCGGCAGGGCAUGAACAAUUGGGCUGGAUCCGUCAACUGCUACAACGGCGAGGGCUUUUAUGCGCUCUGCCCAAAUAUUGAUGCACCCAACGCACUCCCGUGGGCUCACCCGCGGCUGAUUGGGCUAGGCUUUAGCGUCUUUGCCAGCAUCGUCCUCAUUGAGCAGUUUGGCUCGCCGCUCAUGAGGUCUGCCGCCAUUAUGCUCGGACUGGGUGUCGGAUGUAUCAUUUCAGGUGCCACUGGCUACUGGGACGCGAAGAACAUACAUGAUGCUCCUCCUGUCACGUUCCUGUGGAGACACAGCUUCCAGCUCAGUGUUGACGGAGCCUUGGUGCUGCCUUUGAUCAUCAUGUUUAUAGUUCAAGGCAUAAGCUGCAUGCCCGACAUCCUGGCCACGGCAGAGAUUUCGGGCGUGGACAUCGAAGGAACUGAAUUCAACUCGCGUACUCAGGGCGGAAUUCUCUGCGACGGAAUCGGCAGUUUGAUCAGCGCACUUGGUACGGCGCUUCCUAUGGUGGCCCAAGCAGGGAAUAACGGCACGAUUGUCGUGACAGGGUGUGCAUCGCGUCGCGCUGGUUGGGCAGCGGCAGGCUUCCUGAUUCUCAUGGGCGUGCUAGCAAAAUUUGCCGCAAUAUUUACUGUGAUGCCCGCAUCGGUGCUUGGUGGCAUGCAAGUGUUCCUCUUCAGCACAAUUGCGGUGGCUGGUAUUCGAGUUCUCGGAAUGAUUGAAUUCACUCGCCGGAAUCGCUUCAUCCUGAUUGUUGCACUAGGUUUUGGUUUUAUUGACAUAGUGACCCCAACAUGGUUCGAUCGCGUCAUCGACUACAAAGGUAGUAGCACUGCCCUUCAGGGUCUAUUGGAGGGCAUUGAGUUGACUAUCACGACUCCAUUCAUUUUGGCUGCGGUUCUCGGAGUCUUCUUCAACUUGGUGCUACCGAGUGACAAGGCCAUGAUGGAUAACAUAUUCUUGAAACCUAACCAGAGUUGA